AUGAGAUUCAAGCUUUCAGCAGCCUCGAUCCGCGUCACGCCUUCAACUUUUCAUCUCGGCCGUACGUUCAACAGAAAGAAACACAGUAUGGCCCGUACCAAGCAAACUGCUCGUAAGUCCACUGGAGGAAAGGCUCCUAGGAAGCAACUUGCUACUAAGGCUGCUCGUAAGUCUGCACCAACCACAGGUGGAGUGAAGAAGCCUCAUCGCUACAGGCCUGGUACUGUUGCUCUGCGUGAAAUUCGCAAGUACCAGAAGAGCACUGAGCUGCUGAUCAGGAAACUACCUUUCCAGAGGCUUGUUCGUGAAAUUGCCCAGGACUUCAAGACUGAUCUCCGUUUCCAGAGCCAUGCUGUUUUGGCACUUCAGGAGGCUGCUGAGGCUUACCUUGUGGGUCUCUUUGAGGAUACCAACUUGUGUGCCAUCCAUGCCAAGCGUGUCACCAUAAUGCCUAAAGAUAUCCAGCUGGCUCGCAGAAUCAGGGGCGAGCGUGCUUAA